AUGAACGAAGAGUGUUGUAAUAUCUAUUCUUGUAACGGACUUGCAGAAAUACAUUUUAUCCUAUCGAAAAAAGGCCACAAACUUCUGGUGUAUCAGCAAUACACGUACGCAAAGAAUUUCGUUAGUAGAAGCAGAACAAACUGGACCUGCUCGUCGCGGAGGUCGAAAGGGUGUUCGGCACAAGUCGUGCUGACCAAUGACGAUGAAUUCACAGUAGUUAACGGAAAUCACAAUCACCCGGUGCCCGUCUUCUAUAUGAACAACAGGGAGCCGGUGUUGAUCAAGGGAAACAAAAAGGGCAAAUACACGCUUCUUUAUAGGAAUCACUUUUUCACGCGUCGCACAAAAUCGAAGAAGGGCAUCGUCUGGAAGUGCACCGCCAGCAAAACCGAGGAUUGCAAAGCUUCAUUAACGACCGACGACAAUUUGAACGUCGUCGUCAGCAAAGGCGAUCACACGCACAGGCAGCCGGAGGCGGAAAUCAAACCGAAACAUGGUCAAUGUCGAAUACACGGCGGAACGGUACGUGGCGUCAGCGCACUCGACCCGCUUUCUCUCAUUCCCGACCCUUCGAGCCACGCCGCGACUAUCAGAUCCGGUCUGGUUGCAGUGACGGUGGUCACCGCGAUAGACGGCGCCACCCUGCUGAUGCUGAACGGCUUCUCGUACAGCAACCCGACACCUUUGGGCGGCGGCGAACGCUGGUACUGCACGGGGCGCGCGCGCUGGAAGUGCGGCGUGUGCCUCCACGUGAACGACGACUACGAGCUAGUGUGCGUGGCGAACGAGCACACACACGACCCCCCCAUUUACGAGAGGACUGACGACGGCCUCUACGUCGAGAUGCUGCAG